AAAAAUCCCGCAUUGUGCCACUGGAGGAACUCACGUGGGUAAUCAAAACAUCAUGGCGGAAGGAUUCAAGACUGCGGAUCCAUUGGAAUAUCACAAAAGCUUCUUGAAAGAGAACUGUCGUCCUGAUGGAAGGGAACUGGACGAAUUCAGGACAACAACAUUAAAUAUAGGUCCUAUAUCGACAGCAGAAGGUUCAGCCUUGGUCAAGAUUGGGAACACCGCUGUAAUGUGUGGCAUAAAAGCGGAACUGGCUGUUCCUCCAUCAGAUUCACCAGACAAGGGUUAUAUAGUGCCCAAUGUGGAUAUGCCACCUCUCUGCACGUCAAAGGUUCGAUCGGGCCCCCCUGAAGAACAAGCGCAGGCUGCCUCACAGUUCAUUGCAGACGUAAUAGAGAGUUCAGAGAUGAUUCGAAAAGAAGACCUGUGCAUUCAAAAGGAGAAGCUCUGCUGGGUCCUAUAUUGCGAUAUAAUGUGCUUGGAUUACGACGGCAAUUUACUGGACACCUGCAUCGUUGCAUUGCUCGCUGCCCUCAAGAACACACUACUCCCCAAGGUGACGAUAAACAAAGACACAGACGUGCCCGAGGUGGACCUGCUAGAGAAAUCACCUAUCAGUAUAAACAAACAUCCUGUUGGGUCUUCAUUUGCUGUUUUCGACAACACGAUUCUCAUAGUGGAUCCCACUGGCGACGAGGAGAGUUUGGCCACUGCCGUGAUGACCCUGGUCAUGGAUGAGGAGGGACGGCUAUGCUCUCUACACAAACCUGGAGGGACUGCCCUCUCUGGAGAGAAACUCCAACACUGUAUCGGCCGAGCCACCACCCGCCACAAAGAGAUCAUCAAACUACUUGACAAGAUUAUAAACAGCAUGAAGAAAUGACCACCAAACACCACUUGAUUAUUUUUUUUCAUUUUUGUCUAAAAAAUUUAUUUUUCACUGUCAAUAUAUACUUUGUUUUCUAUCACAAUAAAACUGCUGACAAAGACCAUUAUAAAAA